AUGGCUCAACCUGACAUAAUUGAUGAUAAUUUUGUGCUACCCCCAGGAGACGCAAAAAGGGGUGCUAAAUUGUUCAAAAAACACUGCCAACAAUGUCACUCUAUGAGACCUGAUAAUCGGCAGCCUUCUGGCUUUGCCGCUGUAGGACCUUCGUUGUUCAACGUAUACAAUCGCACUGCUGGAAUAGACAACGCCACCACCAACACGGGCUUUUCUGUCUCAAUGGAUAAUAUUGGGAUUGUUUGGAACGAAUCCAAUUUAAUGAGGUACAUGAAAAAUCCACAGGCUUAUGUACAAUCACCCAUCGGAAUGAAUUUCUCCGGUUUGCCAAAAUUCCAAGAUCGCGUAGACAUUGUACACUUUCUGAAGACCCUCACUUACGACCAUGAAUUUGGUCGCAAUAUUGCAAAAGAGUGUUAUAAUCGCUAG